GGCUGGGUUGCUAGGUACAUUCCGAUCCGCCCCGCCUCUUGCUCGGCUGAAUCAAGUGAUUCAGAGCCUUUGGACUUUCCUUGGUCAGUGUGUGGUGGCAAUGGGUUCGACAGCGAGCGAGAUUACUUGUGAACAGCUGGAGAGAAUGAUGGUGGAUGGCAGAGUGCCCAUCUUCGAUGUCCGUAACCCGGACGAGCUGGAAAACGGCAAGAUCGUUGGAUCUGUCAACAUUCCAGUCGACAAGGUGAAGGAUGCCUUCUCACUGGACGCGGAGAACUUCCAGGACCAGUUUGGGGCGGAGAAGCCGAAACUGGAAUCGAUGCUGGUGUUUUACUGCAGGGCGGGGCGCCGAGGGAACACGGCCAUGACGAUCGCCCGGGAUCUGGGCUACACCAGGGCCGUGAAUGUAAUUGGUGGUUUCCAGGAGUGGACUGGCGAAGACUAGGCUGUGAGGGCGGAACGUGAGGAUGUUUCCCUGACUGCAUCGUCCGUGGCAACGGCUCACUGGAACCAGGAAACUGACGAAGGAUUAAAACUUGCUCAGGGACAGGGUGUGAGUGUACUUCAUGUGUAGGAAUUUAGGGUUGAGGGUUGGUGUAGGGGUCUAGGCUUAGGGGGUGGAGAUUUAGUGGUUGCGAGUUGGUGGCUGUUCCAGGCUUGGGGUAAAGGUUUAAGGGUUGGGCGCUUUGCUAGGAUUUAGGGUGAAAGGGUGUUGGCGGUGCCAGUGUUUAGGGGUGAAGGGUUGGCAAUGCCAGGGUAUAGGGUUUAAAGAUUGGCAGUGCCAGGGUAUAGGGUUUAAAGAUUGGCAGUGCCAGGGUAUAGGGUUUGAAGAUUGGCAGUGCCAGGAUAUUGGGUUUAAAGAUUGGCAAUGCCGGGGUUUAGGGGUUCGAGGCUGGCUCAGGGGUUAGGGGUGAAGAGUUGAUCCCAGUUUCAUGUUUGGGAGAGAUCACCUUCCGUUUAAAGAUGAAACACACGAGUCUGCAGAUGCUGGAAUCUGGAGCAAGGCGGGACCUGCUGGAGGAGAUGCAGUUUCCCAACGGGAGCGUCAGUGUUUAUGUAUGGAGGGGUUGGUGAUGGGGUGUGGGUGAGAGCUCACAGGCGGGUGGGGGUGAGGCUCAGGCCAUAGUUGGGGCGUCUUUCAACGGUGGGAUAGGUUGGGGCUGAGUGGCCUCCUGCGGAUAAUACUGGCGCCAGAACGAAUGGAGGAUGGUCGGCAGUGCAGCGCAGACGGAGAGCAUUCUCCCACGUCGCCGGCACCACUGUUAGACCGGACGGCGAUCGCUCGGGUGGGGUUGGGGGGAGUGGGGGCUUUCUGCACCUGGUGGUGCGCGGCUGAAAUAAACGCGAGCUUAGGAUGUUAAUAAAAACCGAACAUUGUGUGCAAACA